GAUGGGGCCGCGCGAUCGCAUGUUCAAGGUGCUGGUGGUGGGGGACGCCACGGUGGGCAAGACCUCGCUGGUCCAGCGCUUCGCCAACGACAGCUUCAGCCGGCACUACAAGUCCACGGUGGGAGUGGAUUUUGCUCUGAAGGUGGUCCAGUGGUCGGAAUCGGAGACGGUUCGACUGCAGCUCUGGGACAUUGCAGGGCAGGAGCGCUUCACCUCCAUGACGCGGCUCUACUACCGGGACGCCUCAGCCUGUGUCAUCAUGUUCGAUGUCACCAACAUCAACACCUUCAGCAACAGCCAGAAGUGGAAGCAGGAUUUGGACAGCAAGCUCCUGCUGCCUGAUGGGAACCCCGUGCCCUGCCUGCUGCUGGCUAACAAGUGUGACCUUUCCCCGUGGGCAGUGACGAGAGAAGAAGUGGAUCGGUUCAGCAAAGAAAAUGGCUUUUCUGGUUGGGUGGAAACGUCUGUCAAGGAAAACAAGAAUAUUAAUGAGUCCAUGAGAGUCCUGAUUGAAAAGAUGAUGGCCUCAUCCACUGGUGAUGGAAGUUCCUCUGCUGCUGGGACUGGGGAUUAUAUUAAUAUAAAAGAGACAACCCCUCCAGGCUGGGCUUGCUGUUAGAGGCACUGACUCUGGGUCCAGCAGCAAUGUCCUCUCAUCAUCAUCAUCAUCAUUUUUUUUUCCUAAAUUUACUGUCACUGUUUUUUUGGGUUCUGGGGUUUUUUUGUUGUCUGUUUUUGUUUUUUUUUUCAUGAACUGUCUUCUGUUUCAUGCAUAUUCAUACUCAGGAGAGCAUUGCUGCAGUGACUUGGAGUGAGGAGAUGAAGAGAGGAAUGAGAAGAUUCCUCUUCCUUCUAGGCUGGCAGGAGCUGGGAGCUCUGCUGCCAGGGAUGUAGCAUGGUCUGUGUCCAAGCACAUGGCUUGGAUUCAUUACCUUUUUUAAAAUUCUGAGCACUUCAUCUUCUGACAUGCAAUGGCCUGUCCUAGGCAGGGCAGAGGAUGUUGAAGGUAUAUUUUUAAUAUUGUAGCACCUUUUAUUCCCCACCCUCUGCCCCCCCCCCCCCCGGUGCACAGAAGCACCACACCAGUGUCCCAGUGACCUUCAGUUGAUGCAGGCAAGUUCCAGCCACCUCUGUGCCCAUGGAUUCCCAGGGUGGGAUCACAGCAGACUCUUUACUUCAUGCUCUGGAGCUACAUCCCUCUGCUCGUGUGCCCUGGAGAGGCCAACCCAUCUCAUCAUUGCCACUAACUCAGGAUGUGAAGCCAGACUUGGAUUAGCAUGAGACCUGACCUGUAGCAUUCCCAGUGGGAACUGAAGAGAUGGUGCAGCACAGCCCUCACAGGGUGUACUGACUGUGAUGUUAAGAGCAGAGGCCUCACCUUUGUGUCAAGAACUACCCAGUUCCCUUCUGUCCAUCCCUUCUCACCCACCCUCUGUCAGCACAACCCUGCCCACUCUGUCUUGCUGCCAGGAGAAGGCUCUGCAGGACAAAGGGAAUUGAAGGGAGCUGCUCCCCACUUGCCUUUUGAUGCCUGCUCUCCGCAGCACAUCCCAGGUACUCAGGGUGGAGAACAGCUCUUGCCAACGACAACAAAUGGGUGUAAGCACAGUAGCUUGUUAUCUCAGGACAGUUAAUAGGAAGCUCAGGCUGUGGGGCUAGAAUUAUCUGGUGUUUUAUGCGUUUUAUAGAAGCAUGAGAUGCUACAGAAUUGUCUUGUUGGUGUUUUCUGUUAGGAUUUGAACAAGUGGUGUUCAAUAAUGUUUUUCCUUUCUCAAGUAGUUUCAUUUGAAAACAGGGCUGUCAGUUGGUUUGUCCCAAUUCCUGCUGAAUUAGGACUGCUUUUGUUUGGGAAAGUAUUCUUUGUCUUCCUUCCUUCAUAAAGGAGGGAGAAGGUGGUAAGACCAGGAGCUGGUUGCCUUCACUGCACAGAAAGUUCAUUCUCUGGAGCUGAAAAGGAUUGGUAAGAAACAGGAAGGGCUAAGGAAUUUGGAAGUGAUGUUGUGCUCCACUGCUCCAGUGAGCUAAACUGGCUGGGCUAGGAUUCUGGUGUAGAAAUAUCUCCAAAUUCAGUUUUAUAGGUGCUUAAAUGUGCCCUUUUCUGUGCCUUUGGGUUCACUGUAGAAACACGUAGAACUGGUUAGCAACAAAAUGGAACUGUCUUGUUGAGUUUUACUUUCUUAACUUUGUGUUAAAAAGAAAAAAAAGGUUUUAAUCCUAUAAAUAUUUCUAGUUCUGUAUGUGGGGAGAAAGGUCUAAUUUAAGUAUGUACCAGUGCCUGUUGGGUGUCUGGGCCUCUUUAUCUGGACCUCUUUUUCCUAAGUGCCUCUCAAAAACAAGUGAGAAGCCAAAGGAAGGUCUUUGCAGGGUUCCUUCUAUUAUUUAUCAUCUCUGUUCUGCCCAGUGGUUUCCGGAGCCAGUAGGUGCCUUGGGGGUUUGUUUUCCCACACUGUUUCCCCCUUGUUAACAUCUUAAUAGACUCAAUAGAGAAGUGUCAGAAAACAAGCCCGAGCAGCAGAAACAGUCGUUGCUAAAAACCCAACCAGACAGGAAAAGGAUUUUACUGUGCAGAUGUGUUUUCUCAGAGCUUGCCCCGUGGCACACGAGGUGCUUAAAAAAGCAAAACAAAAUUUAAAAAAACAAAAACAAAACCACAACAACCCAACAAACGUUGUUUUAGUCCCAUAAAACAAACUGCUUGAAAAGCCCCAUUGAAAUGUGCUCUGAGCUGGGGUAGGUGGUGUGGGAAGAGCCUGUGAAAUGGGUCGUGCUGGCUGAAAUAAUUCAAUGAAAGCCAUUUCUAAGAUCUAAUUUAAACAAAGUUAGGUCUCAUCCAGGCAGACAGAUGAAAACUUUACUCUUUCAAAUCAGAGAAGCCUCAUCUUUACUAUGAUGAUCUGUCUUGGUCAGGAAGGGCCUGUCCUGAAGAUGAUUCUCCCCUGGCAGUGCCUGUUUGACUCUGCACUCCUGGUGGGACUCGGGCCCAGCUGCACCUGUUUCUCUUUUCCACAGGUUGUUUCUCAUUCCUGUAACUUUGAUUUGUGAUUGUGGGACUCAAAACCACAUAAACAGUGUAUUUUAUAAUCUGAGGACAGCACAGGAUGGGUCCACAUGGCUUGGAAAUGUUUGCUGCAGUAGGAUUUGGAAUCACGAGGGCAAAAAUAUAGGUCAGAAAUGUCAACAAUAUCAAAACUUGUCUUUUUUUUUUAAAAAAGCCAAACCAACCCAACGCUUGCAGUCAGGCAGAAGUGUUUUAGAGACAGGGUUCUGAUACUGUAAAGUUGCAGCAUUAUCAUGUGCGUGUAAAGAGAAGAAACUGCUGGGAGGUUUUCUCUGCAUCCAUCAGCAAUUAAUGCAGUCUUGCAGAAGCUGGAAAUAAAAAGUCUGACAUGG